UCAGGCUGCUGGAGAGGAGAGAGGAAGGAGGGAUGGCGGAGAAGAGCCCUGACCCGAGCGGCUCUGUUGGUCGGAGGUGUCCCGGCCUGUCUCCGGGAGAGAGAAUGCAGUCGUCUGGAAGCGGCUCGUCAAAGUGGGUUCGCCUCAACGUCGGCGGCACGUACUUCCUCACGACGAGACAAACGCUGUGCAGAGACCCCAAGUCUUUCCUUUACCGACUGUGCCAGGCCGACCCCGACCUCGACUCCGACAAGGAUGAAACAGGUGCUUAUUUGAUAGAUCGGGACCCGACCUACUUCGGUCCAGUACUCAAUUAUCUGAGGCAUGGAAAGCUGGUGCUCAACAGAGGCCUUGCAGAAGAAGGUGUUCUUGAAGAGGCCGAGUUCUACAACAUUACAUCAUUGAUAAAACUGGUCAAAGAUAAAAUCAGGGAGAGAGACUGCAAAACGGCUCAGCUUCCCAUGAAACAUGUCUAUAGAGUCUUGCAGUGCCAAGAGGAGGAGCUAACUCAGAUGGUCUCCACCAUGUCUGAUGGCUGGAAGUUUGAACAGCUGGUCAGUAUCGGCUCAUCGUAUAACUACGGAAAUGAAGACCAGGCAGAGUUCCUCUGCGUUGUUUCCAAGGAGCUGCAUAAUCAGUCGUACGGCACGAGCAGCGAGCCGAGUGAAAAGGCCAAGAUCCUUCAAGAACAAGGCUCUCGAAUGUGAAACAGCUGUGCGUUUAGACGGCUUGGUCCUGUCGGCACUCAAGCGAAAUGACAUGCGCGACAUCGCAACGAGAGAGAAAUUUGGCGUAUUUGGAAUGGACGUUGAUUUUGGGGUAGUUGACACUUGUUUGUGCCUGCGCAGCAAAACUGGACUGUUUUAUUUUGUGUUUAUAGGAGGAAGGUGAUUUCAUUUGGCCACGCGAAAGACAGGAAUAUGCAUGUCGCGAGUCGUAAGCUGAGCUAAAAGGGCCACGUUUAUAUCUGGCCCACAGUUAACUCAGGGUCUCAUUGACUUACUGAAAAUAUUUUAAUCAUGAAACCUUUGGUUCAGUGAGCAGUUUUAAUAUCGAGAUAUGUAUAUUAAGUCAAAGUCGAACCUCAGUGGUCAAAACCAUAACUGAGAAGGGAGUAGAACAGGCUUGCUUUUGGUGUUUUGUUUUGUUUUUGUUUUUUUUAAACUUACAAAAGCUACCAAGGUGUCUGAUAAAUGGUGUUUACCAGUGAAGGCGUUUUUUGUUUUUGUUUAUGCUUUUAAGACAAACAAACAGACAAGGAUCUUGUAUUUUUAGAAUGUACGUAGGACUAGAGGUGAUCAAAUUUCUCUUCAGCCUGCAUAGUGUUCGUCAGGUUUCGUAUCAGGGAGGAGAGAAACAUCCAUAUCGACUCAAGGUUACAGUACUGAUGUUUUUUUUUUUCUUCUUCUUUUUUUUUUCCUCUGUAAUUUUUGAGGUGGUGUUCUUGCUGCAGUGACGGAAAGAGAUCUUGAAAGGCUGUGCUGAACUUUGUCUUCCAUCGUUGGGUUAAUUCCAAAUGGCUCACAGUUAAACUGGAACAGUUUUUCAUAUGUAUAGUUUUUGGAGAGAGGGAAACAAUUCUGACAUUUUUAGUGACGGACAAAGCUUUGAGAGAAGUUAGUCUUUUUUGUAACUUCAAAAUCAUGGCAAGCCUUGCGUUUAAGAUGACUGAAUCAGGUCCUUUUUAUAUAUAUUACUUUAUGGCUCUGCCAUCAUAAAGUUGCUUUAUUAGUUAUAUGACAGUGACUGUUAUUAGUAGUCUUGACUUUUUUUUUUUCUAAGUUUAAGUUUAGUGAAUGAGUAAACAAAAAAAAGUUUAUAUGUCAGUGUGUAUAUAAGGCACAUUCACACUAGGGGUGCAUCGAUAUCACUGGCUGGUGUUAAUUCUGGCCUGACAAGGCACCGAUAAUUAUCAUAUUUGCAGUAUGUGCUGAAGAUUUCGAGAGCUCAUGGUUCUAUUGUUCUAAAGACACUAACUUGAGCAGUUUGGUCAAUUUAAAGAAUCAGUAUGUAUCAACCGAUGCUGUUAAGGUGUUUGGUAUUGGAAUCGGCUCCAAAAUGGUAUCCACACGCCCCUAAUUCACACCCACGCACUGUUUAUUGCCGAGUGUAGAUAGAGCACACAAUCUAUAUACCGUACGACUACAGAGCGUAUGGUGACUUCAGACUGUAGCAGUAUGCAAUCCAAUAAAAAUAAAGCUCUAAGCUUAUGAUUUGCAACCAUGUUUUUUUCUAUAAGAUACGCAAUCGUUUUGCUUCAGUUCAACUCUUUUGCAGUUGAAUGUUCUUACGGAUUAUACAUAUUAUUGUCUGUUUAUAAAGCAUAUUUUUUGACAAUGUUGCCUUUAAUUAAUGACCAACAAAAUGUCAAAAAUUUCAUUUUGAAUUGCAGUCAGGGAAAAUAACAAUGAGAGAAAUUGUUAAAUUCACUUCGCCGGGCUACAAGCAUAUCUCGUUCGCCAUUGUACAUAAACUAAAGAGCGUACUAUUCGUUAUCAGUGCAUGCUAUUUUCCCCUAAGUCUCUAUUUCACACACAAAGGGCUUUUAAUAGUGGAAUACAAGCUAUAACUCUUACAGAGGUCCAUCCGGCCCUCUCUAUAUAUUGCCUGAAUAAGGUGAUGUUUACAUGGCUAGUGUUUUUUCUAAACAAUAACCUUUCACGUUUACUUACCUUGACUAUGUGGCACCACCGUGUAGUUUGGCUGGUUUUGAAUACCUGUAUGUUUACAUUAUCCUCUUUAUAACCUAGCUAGUUACUGUCAACCCUUGUGUCUUAGCUGAUCUGAGCGGUUUUUGAAAUCCUUCCCAGUGGAGUGAUGAGUUUGCUUGCUCACUGAGUCAGUGUCUUGUGAAAUGUGCCUCCACGGUGCAUGACGUCCAGGCCAUGCUGACCAACAGAGGAGACGCUGGACAGCGUCGGGCAUCGCAGCGCUGUAAUUUAUUUAUUUAUUUUUUUAAAAAAAAAGAAAACACUUUUCGUUUUCGUCUAGCGAACAGAAAGGAAGUGCGGCUGUCCUAGCACAUGCGCACUGAUCCACCUCUUCCACUGAAGGACACUAGUUCAGUCCACAGUAACAUUGCAGUUGGUGCCCCUUUUUUUAUUCUUUUGUUUUUGUGGGGAGGAAUACAGAGCUAACACUUAACGGGCACAAGUAUGUUUUCACUGAGGCUGCUGUGGACUGUCGUCUCAGUCUAAGAUACAUAUGUAGACUUUUUUUUUUCUUUCAUUUGAGCGUGCAAUCUGCAAAACAUAUUUAAAAUUUGGAAAAAAGAGCAGAAACAGUCUGAAACGUCUUCUGCUCCACUUUGUCACUGCUGUUCCUAUACUACUAUCCUAUAAAAUGUUUUUUGUAUUUGUAUUUUUUUAUGCUUCAAAUUUGUGUAUACACAUAGUAUAUUACUAUAUAUGUAAUUGCAAGUUAACAACUGGGGGGGAAAGUAUAUGACGGUAAUGCUAGAACCACGUCAACUUAAUAAAACGUUGAAUUCAAA